UCACUUUUUGACAGGUGAAAUUAAUGGUCCUUGUUUUUGCUUUUUUCUUUUUAACUGACAACAGUGCAACGUUAACGGUUAUUGCUCUCGGUACGUGCCCAGCACGUGAAGCCAAAUUUUGUAAAGUGUGUGCCUUACAUUAGCUAAUUUGCUGUAAUUAUCUGUACGAAGGUUAAAUUUCUGGUGAACUGUAAUGGGUGAAAAACACGCAAGGAAUAAAAAAAGACCAGCCUACUACAUAGAAAGCAUUGAAAAUGGACUUUGAUAUUAUCCUACAUGAAGUGGGAGAAUUUGGGCGCUAUCAGAUAUUGUUGCUGGUCUUCAUCAUCAUACCAGCAUGUAUACCCGGUGGAAUGCACAGCUUUUCCCAGUUGUUCCUAGUGGCAACGCCUGCUCAUUCCUGCCGCAUUCCAGUCAACGCCACGCAACAGAAUACUUCCAUCUUUAUUCCCCGUUUAGUAUCGAGCAACAGCCAGUGUCAAAUGUACGACCUGGAUUACAGCAACGAAUCACUGCUGCAGUCAUUCACGCCGUCUAACACCACUCCAGUUACCGGGUGUAAGUAUGGGUGGGACUACGACCGCUCGGUGUACUUGUCAUCUACCGUUACUGAAUGGGAUCUUGUCUGCUCGCAUGCCUACCUCCCUACAUUAUCGCUCUCGGUGCACACCUUCGGCAGUCUUUGUGGCUCGUUGCUACUCGGGUACAUCGGAGAUCGGUUCGGGCGGAAAACUGCGUACUACAUCGCCAUCACGCUGCAGCUAGCGAGCGGAGUGGCCACCGCCUUCGCGCCAAACUUCCUGGUUUUCUGCGUCAUCCGCUUCGUUAACGGGUUGACCACCAUUCCGGUGUGGAUCUUCCCGUUGAUCAUGGGGCUGGAGCUGAUCGGACCGAGUCGACGCGCGCCGGUUGGAAUUACCAUGUCGCUGAUCUAUACGCUGGGUGUGCUGUCGCUUGGUGGGAUUGCUUAUUUCAUCCGAGACGGGGUGACCUUACAGCUGACGGUGACACUGUCAUUUUCGUUUUUAAUCUUUUGGUGGUGGUUGCUGCCGGAAUCUCCUCGGUGGCUGAUGUCACAAGGCCGGUUUGAGGAUAUGGUGACCAUUGUCAAGCAAGUCGCACGAUGGAACCGUAAACAAUUGACCGAAGAGCAGAUCAACGUAUGGCGGGGUGCAUAUGAAACCGAACGCAAAGCCGCAUCAUUGGAUGCUGAUAAGGUAGUCCGCUACAGUCCGCUCGAUCUAUUCCGUACUCCGAACCUCCGCAUGAAAACCAUUCUCAUGAUAUUCAAUUCAUUCAGCAACAACCUCGUUUAUAAUGGCCUGAAUUUUUUCGUUCCGCAGCUGGGGGACAACGAACACAUGAGCUUCCUUUGGAGCUCCAUUGUAGAGGUUCCCUCGUAUUUUAUACUGUACUUCACACUGGAUCGCUUCGGUCGCAAGAUGACUAUUAUGUCCACAAUGUGCAUUGGUGGAAUGUUGAGCUUGCUAGCGGCUGUCACUGUCACCUUCGUGAACCAUACUCCCAUGAUGGUGCUGGUGUUGGGUGCAAAAUUCUGCAUCAACUUGUCCUUCUUCAUAGUGGACCUGAUGGUCUCGGAAUUGAUCCCAACAGUAGUGCGCGGCGAGGGUGCGACGCUGACUCAGACGGUGUCGGCGAUUGGUUUGUGCAUUAGUCCUGCAAUUAGCUACUGGGGACAACAGAACCAGAUGGGUCCGCUGUUGUUAUUCGGAGUGUUGGCGCUGGCGGGAGGGGCGGUUAUUUUGCGGCUGCCGGAGACCGCCAAUGUGAAGCUGCCGGAUACCUUGCAGGAAGGGGAGGAGUUCGGAAAACACACUGCUUGGAGGGAAACGGUUAAAUUAUGCUGCCGCCAGUCCUCGCCUCAUGAAAGUCCGGAGAGUGCCAACCCUGUGCCUUCUCCUGAACACGCUACCCUGUUGUCUUAAUUAUCUUCAUAACCAAACAUACAGCAUGUAGGGCAGACUUUGGAAAUGUUUGUAUAAUCUGAAUUCAUAUUUUUCUUAUCAUUGUUUAUCUGCCCAUAAUCAUAAAGUUUUUCACCGGUAAAAAUAUCUGAACUAUGCCGAAGGGUAAUGCUGUUAAUAACUUGACAAAGCCAUAAUAGCCAUUCACACAAAGUAAUUACAAAUAGGAGGAGGAACUCGUAAAUAAUUUUUUGUGUGCUGUUUUUGUUUCUUUGAAGCCCUCAAGCUUACCGUGAAAACCCGCUUAA